UCCACUCGUCAAGCUCCAACGCUGAGCCUGAGCGCAUGGAGAUGGAGGGUAGCAGCUCGUUGCGGCACCUCGCCGAGUACGACGACUUCUUCUUCGGGUGGCUCGACGACAGCGCACGGCACUCGCCGCCGUCCUUGGACCGCCUCGUCGGCAGCGUCGGUCAUUCCUUCCGAAUCUCAACGUCGUCCUCCUUCAUCGACUUGUACUUGUACCCCCACGACAAUCUCUUCUCCAUCGACUUAGACUUAGCCACGGCGGCGAGUGAGAUCGACUUCGACCUCCCGGUAGUAGACGACGCCACGCCGUCCCCGACGCUGCUGCAGAUCAGCGCGAGCCGCCUCCUCCCCUGCGAGCCCGGAGGCGGCUCUGGCGCGCAAGAUCAAGAAGACGGCGACGACUCGGUGAUCACCAGUCGGCAUCGCUCUGCGGACGCCCCGAGCGCUCCGUGGUUGUCAGCCUUCUCGGCGCGGAGCACGCUGGUCUCGCUGAGUGCGUGCUCCAGCCCGACGAGCAAGCACGCCAUGUCGCGGUCGACGUUGUGUGCCAGGACCAGGAGGCGCCGCGCGGCGUCGUCGUCGCCCUGGAAGGUGCUGCGGUUCGUGAUGCCACUGUACCGGAAGGUCAGGGCGAUCGGGCGGAGGCACAGCAGCAGGUUCACGUUGGCGGCGAGCCCGGCGCGCGGGGCCACGUCGAGCGUCGGGUACCACGGCAGUGCCGACACGGACGUGGACGUUCAUGACGCCAUCAUCUACUGCAAGAAGUCCAGUGGAUCAGGUGUGCAGGAGACUAAUCUCGCAUGUCAGCCACAUGAUUUUCUAAACCCGUGACAGGUUAUAUAUAUAUAUACCCCUUCUCCUGUAUCACGAAAACAAGACGUUUUGGAGGUUCUAUACUGUACCUCGCUCUCAAAAUAUCAACACGAUGUUUUAGUUAGUCUACAAAAACAUCUUAUAUUUUGAGACGGAGGUAGCACGUAACAAAAAAGGAAAUAAAAUAUCCUAACAAUAUUUUUUGAGGUAAGAUUAUACAUAUGAUUUUUUAAAUUUCUAAUCUGUAUAACAAAAUGUUAUUUAUUUUUGAUGAAAAUGGUAUUGGAAGCCUUGGUAGAAAAAUAUGUACUAAUGAAUCAAAGAACAAUGUACAUAUUUACAAGGCUUGCCAACUACCACUUUGGGUAGGGUCAAAGAGAGAAAUAAAAUGCUUGUAACUUAUAGUUGUAAAAACUUAGGGGAUAGAUGCCAGAAAGGCAGCAAUAAAGUGCUUGCGUGCUUCUGUAAAAUUUUGACCGAAGCCAUAUUCAAAACAUCAUGUUUUUGUGAUACGAAGGAAGAGUACGGUAUGGUCUUUGUAUUGUGUUCUUUAAAUGGUGUGUAUGUGUGCACGCGUGUUACGAAAUGAUUCUAUACUACGUGAGUAUGUACUCCUACUCCUCACAGUACUAUGAAUCAAUUAUACCAUUUUUAUUAUUUUCAAUAUAUAUUGUUAAUAAUUACU